AACCCAAAAAGUAAAGUCAAUGUGACCCACUAAAAAUAGUACUCCUUAAUCGAAAAGGCAAAAUUAAAGAACCAUUAGCUCUCGGGAAGUGGAACUAUUUCUCAGUGGACGUCUACAGAUUGGAAUAUCAUUAUCCAAAGUAAUUACUGAUAUUAAUACUUUCAAUUUCAAAGUCUUCAAUUUUCAUAUUCGUCCUCAUCAUCAUCCUCCUCAAAAUUUCACCAGGGGUUCGAUCCCUGCUCAUGGGAAUAGAGCACAUUUCGAGGCCAGCUGUUUACGUCUUCUGAGAGCAUCCACGCUUUUAGAAUUGAGGGUGUGGAUGGCAAACCUUUAUCUCGGCUUUACAUGUGGCAAUGCAGACAGUGCGUUUAAUUCUGCAAAAGCAAGUGGCCAACCAUUUCCUACCGACCGCAGCUAUAUUGGCACUUUGGAUAAGACUCCAAAUUCAUUUACUAUAAAUCCAUCUGCCCUCCGAGUCGAAUCUCAGGGAUUGCACUUGGAAAGAGGUCAACAGACAGGUCCAGUCUCCAUAUCUAGGGGUCAUACAGAAAACUGGGGGGAAUCCGAUAUGGCUGAUGCUAGUCCGAGGACUGAUAUCUCAACAGAUGCAGAAACAGAUGAAAAAAAUCUGAGGUUUGAUAGUGAAAAACUGAAUGCUGCUGUUGCAGCUUCCGAUUCAAGUGACCGAUCAAAGAGUAAUUUGGAUCAAAAGAUUCUUCGCAGACUUGCUCAAAAUCGUGAGGCUGCAAGAAAAAGCCGGUUGAGGAAGAAAGCAUAUGUGCAACAGCUGGAGAGCAGUCGUUUGAAGUUGACACAACUUGAGCAGGAGCUCCAGCGGGCACGACAGCAGGGUAUCUUCAUAUCAAGCUCGGGAGAUCAAAGUCAUUCAUUGGGUGGAAAUGGUGCCAUGACAUUUGAUGUAGAAUAUGGAAGGUGGCUUGAAGAGCACAAUCGACAAAUUAAUGAGUUGAGAAUGGCAGUAAAUUCUCAUGCAGGCGAUGCAGAACUUCGUAUUAUUGUUGACGGUGUUAUGGCUCACUAUGACGAAAUUUUUAGGCUGAAGAGCAACGUAGCUAAGGCAGAUGUUUUCCAUUUGUUAUCAGGCAUGUGGAAGACACCUGCCGAGAGGUGUUUCUUGUGGCUUGGUGGUUUUCGGUCAUCUGAGCUUCUAAAGCUUCUUGUAAACCAAUUGGAGCCUUUGACAGAGCAACAGUUGGUGGGAGUUAGCAACUUGCAACAAUCUUCCCAGCAGGCUGAAGAUGCAUUAUCACAAGGUAUGGAAGCAUUGCAGCAGUCUCUGUCCGAGACAUUGUCCACUGGAUCCUUAGGCUCUUCCGGCUCAACUGGGAAUGUAGCAAACUAUAUGGGUCAAAUGGCCAUGGCCAUGGGAAAGCUAGGAACUCUUGAGGGUUUUAUUUGUCAGGCGGACAAUCUACGGCAGCAAACCCUACAACAAAUGCACCGGAUAUUGACAACUCGCCAGUCUGCUCGUGCACUUCUUGCGAUACAUGAUUACUUCUCCAGAUUACGAGCUCUUAGUUCCCUCUGGCUUGCUCGACCAAGAGAGUGAAACUCUCCCGUCACCCGGUAACAUUCGAUCCUUUUCUAGUUUCUUUUCAGUAGUAAUCCUUCCCAUAAUGUAUAUGUGUAUGGUAGGUGUUUAGUCUUCCUUGUAUUGCCUGUUGUAAAAUGAGUAUUAGAUUAUGAGCAGUUUCUCCAAACACAAAAUUUGUAGCUAUAUAUUUUCAAAAUCAAUCAUAUCAUCAGUAGCUACCUUUGUAGACCA